AACCCUUAAACCCCCUCCGCACUGAGGACCCCGACCUCAUCCACUCUGUUCCUGAUAGAAGUCCGCGGAGUUCUUGGACUCCAAUGCGGUCUUUUCCCCAAUAAUAAAAUCCUUAGUUUUCUCCAAACCUAAGAUCCUAUUCCCCCGCUCUCGAUCCCCAAACCCUAGCCCCCAGUUCGGCCCCAUGGCCUCCCGCCGGGUCCUUUCCUCCCUCCUCCGCUCCUCCGCCCGCCGCUCCCCGGCUGUGCGGCCCACCCUCUCCGCCAAUCGUCCCCCGAUCUCUUCUCCCCGUCCCUCCCGUACGGACUUCCUUCUCUCUCGCGCCGUCGAGUACGCAACCGCCGCCGUGUCGUCGUCUCCGCCGUCCCCUCCGCCGAUCUCCCCCACCGCUGGUGCCAGCGGCAAGAUCACCGAUGAGUUCACCGGGAAGGGCGCGAUCGGCCAGGUAUGCCAGGUCAUCGGUGCCGUCGUUGACGUCCGGUUCGAUGAGGGACUGCCGCCGAUCUUGACGGCCCUUGAGGUCAUGGACAACUCGAUCCGCCUCGUGCUGGAGGUCGCCCAGCAUCUGGGGGAGAACAUGGUGAGGACGAUCGCUAUGGACGGGACUGAGGGGCUGGUCCGUGGACAGAGGGUCUUGAACACUGGCUCUCCCAUCACGGUGCCUGUUGGUCGGGCUACCCUUGGACGCAUCAUCAAUGUUAUUGGAGAGCCCAUUGAUGAGAAGGGUGAUAUAAAGACGAAUCACUUCCUUCCCAUCCAUCGUGAGGCCCCGGCUUUUGUUGAUCAGGCGACGGAACAACAAAUUCUUGUUACUGGAAUCAAGGUCGUGGACCUUCUGGCACCAUACCAGAGAGGUGGAAAGAUUGGACUUUUUGGUGGUGCUGGUGUAGGGAAAACUGUGCUUAUUAUGGAACUGAUUAACAAUGUUGCAAAAGCCCAUGGUGGUUUCUCCGUCUUUGCUGGUGUUGGAGAACGAACUCGUGAAGGCAAUGACUUGUACAGGGAAAUGAUUGAAAGUGGUGUGAUCAAGCUUGGUGAUAAACAGGGUGAGAGCAAAUGUGCACUUGUCUAUGGGCAAAUGAACGAGCCUCCUGGUGCUCGUGCUCGUGUUGGCCUGACUGGGUUGACUGUGGCCGAGCACUUCCGAGAUGCUGAAGGGCAGGAUGUGCUUCUUUUCAUUGACAAUAUUUUCCGUUUCACCCAAGCAAACUCUGAAGUGUCAGCCUUGCUUGGUCGUAUCCCAUCUGCUGUUGGUUAUCAACCAACCCUGGCCACCGAUCUUGGUGGACUUCAGGAGCGUAUCACGACAACUAAGAAAGGUUCUAUCACCUCUGUCCAAGCCAUUUAUGUGCCAGCUGAUGACUUGACAGAUCCUGCACCUGCAACCACCUUUGCGCAUCUUGAUGCCACAACGGUGUUGUCACGACAGAUCUCUGAACUUGGUAUUUAUCCUGCUGUUGAUCCUCUUGAUUCAACAUCUAGAAUGCUUUCUCCACAUGUAUUGGGAGAAGAGCAUUACAACACUGCUCGUGGUGUUCAGAAGGUUCUUCAAAACUACAAGAAUCUUCAAGAUAUUAUUGCAAUUCUGGGAAUGGAUGAGCUCAGUGAAGAUGACAAAUUGACUGUGGCUCGUGCUCGGAAAAUCCAACGGUUCCUGAGCCAACCUUUCCAUGUUGCUGAAGUGUUUACGGGAGCACCUGGAAAAUAUGUGGAGCUGAAGGAGAGCGUCAACAGCUUCCAGGGUGUUCUGGAUGGGAAGUAUGAUGAUCUUCCUGAGCAGUCAUUUUACAUGAUUGGUGGGAUAGAUGAGGUGAUUGCCAAGGCUGAGAAGAUCGCCAAGGAAUCUGCUGCUUGAGCACAAAUUUCAAUUUAUUUAUAAUAAUCUGAAAGAUGCAGUUGAUGAUCCCUGCAUCAAAAAAGUAUAUUUUUUGAAGCCAACAAUGUUUGAUGUUAAUUUUUGUCAAUGCUGGAUAGGUUUCUGUAGGUUUCAAGGAGAGAGCAAGUGCCUGCUUUGCAGGGUUCUUUUUUACCCAAUAAACAAUGUGGGACAUUUGUUUAAUUUCUUUCAGUUGGAUACGUGCCUUUUCCGCACAAUAUUCUAGUUGUUUUAUGGACUAUUUGCGCCAGUGUUUUGUACUUA